CAAAACCCAUCUGUUAUUAUUUCUGGACUCAUCAUUUUCCCAGAUUUCCAGUCACAGUCAACCUAGGGUUUUGUUUUUCUCUUCGUUCUUCAGGAUAUCGGCAUUGGUUCAUGUUAGGAGAUUUUUGAAUCUGGAGACUUUAGCUGUUCAGAAUGGAGAUUGAGAUCUGUUUUUUAAGACUAGUUUAGUUUGUGUUGGACGAGAGAGACAUAGAGAGAAGGAGAGGGGACGAAUGGAGGGUGAUUGUGAGGCGAAUACGAAGGGGAUCGACUGUUCUGUGGGAGGCCUGGUCUGGGUUAGGCGACGAAAUGGGUCAUGGUGGCCAGGGCGAAUAAUGGGUUUGGAUGAGUUGUCAGAAAGUUGCUUGGUUUCGCCGAGAUCGGGCACUCCGGUGAAGCUCCUUGGAAGGGAGGACGCUAGCGUGGACUGGUAUAAUCUUGAAAAAUCCAAGCGGGUGAAAGCAUUUCGUUGUGGUGAAUACGACGAGUGCAUUGAGAAAGCAAAGGCUGCUGCAGCACAGCUUAAUAAGAAAACUGUAAAAUAUGCUCGUAGGGAAGAUGCCAUUCUUCAUGCCCUUGAACUCGAGAGUGCUCGCAAAUCUAAUGAAGCUCAAGAAUUUUGCUUGAGAAUGGAUUAUCCAGAUGAUACAGAUUAUGAUACUUGGAGCAGACAAUCACAAAAGAUGUUUGGUCCAAUCCAAGAGAAUGAGCAUACAGCUGGGAAAGUUAGUUCAACCGAAGGUAAUUCAGCACAAGAAUUAACUCAAUCUGGUAUAUCAUUUGAAGAUCCAGAUCACAUCAGUAUGCCUACGGGACAUGCACAGAAAAAGAAGCGAAAAACCCCAAAUGAUUCAGAGGACGAUGGAACUGAAGGUACUAAGCGCAUGAGAGGGCUUGAGGACCUUGGGAUGAGGGUGGCAUUAAAAAGAAAAUCCAAUAUGCAUUUUCCCAUUGAAGGCUCAAUUGAGCUGGUUCAACUAGACAGUGCUUCUCUCAGUGAUUCUAACAUUGGCAAUAGUUUGUCUAAUGGGAGUCCAGUGAACAGCAGCAGGGUUUACUGCUCAUCCCUGAAAAAAAGGCAAUCUCAAGUUAACAAUGUUUAUGAAGGCCUGAAGAGAAAAAAUCGUCGUCGUCCACUGACAAAGGUUUUGGAGAGUACAGCCAUGGUGGCUGUUCCUGUUGUUUGUGAACAAAGUGCCAGCCCAGGUGGAUCAUCUUUUCAAGGAAUAACAGACAGCAAGAUUUCUACAAUAGAAUCUAUUGAAUCAAAGAAAACAAGCUUUUCGGUUAUAAUCAACAAUAAUUCAGACAGUACAGGGGCUUCAUGUGAGAAGGAAACCUCUUUAAAUGCUUCUGAGCAAAUAUGUGAUGCUGGAGUUGAUGUUGCUCAUUUCCAUUCUGAAAUGAAGGAUGGUGAAUUUUCCAGCAUGUCAGAACUCCCUGAUAAUGACUGUUCUGACAGCUUAUUUGAUGUGCCUUUUGUUGCAGAGGAAAAACACAAUGGAGGCUUUUCUACUGUAUUUGCAUCAUGCUCAUCUGGAAAGCUCCAAACUGGUGCUGUUGGAAUGCAAGCUAGUUAUUGCAGUCAAUUUGGACCCACACAUUUGAGAGCUGAAGGACUUGAUGAAUCUGGUUCUACCAGUUUUGCUGCUCUUGAUUGUAAUGCCAGCCAUAGGAUAGAGAAAGGUUCCUCAAAAUGGCAGUCCAAAGGAAAGAGGAAUAUGAGAAAUCUGAGGAAAAAAACGAGCAAAAACCUCAAGUCAAGGAGACCCAUCAAUUAUGAUGAUCAAGAAGAUGCUUAUUUGGUAGAUGUUCAGCAGGCAGAUGAGUUUUCUGUAGGUUUGAAUCGCAAAGUUGGCAUCAACUCUUUUGAGCGGUCCCAUACAUCAGAAAAUUGUGCCCAACAGGCAAGAACCAAAUUGCUUUCAGAAGACCUCAAAGAUGCCUCUCGGAAUUGGAAUAAACAAUACUCUCAAAGGGAAUAUCAGGUAGGGCAGCCCCGUUACCUGAAUUCCAUCAAAUAUGGGAGACAGGUUUCAGGACAUAGAGAGGUUGCAUUCCACACUGCAGAGAGUAAAGAUGGUCUAUCCCUAUCAAAUGAGAAGUAUGUAGUAGCUAGGCCAACAACCCAAGUGAGAAACAAGGAGUCAUUCUUGACGAGGCGUAUGCCCGUUUCCCCUCUGAUGUCACACAGGUCACUUCCACUUCACCAGUCUCGAUUUACAACUUACCCCCGAUAUCAGACUGCAGGUGCACCCAGAAGAAACAUUUCUGGCACUUCUACUUUAUUUGAUGUUAAUCUAGAUGUACGAGCAAGCUAUCGGGGCCAGCAUGUACCUCUGGUUUCUCUCAUGAGUAAAUUGAAUGGUAAAGCUAUAAUAGGUCAUCCUGUGACAGUUGAAGUUUUGGAUACCGGUUACCGUGAUCUCCAAACGAGUAACACGAACUACUGUGCAGCAAGCAGCGGUACUGAGUUGUAUGACAUCUCAAAAGAAAACAUAUCAGAUCAGUCAAUCAAUGUCAGUAAUAGUUCACCGAUCCCAGAGGAGGGUGAUAAUGCUGGUGUCAAUUUGCAGGCUGAAACUGUUGAACCUCAAAGUAACCAAGCCCUGGCCAAGCAUUUGACAGUCCAACCCACUUUGUUGCCAAAGAAAUCUCCCAAGUUCAAGAAAUCCGGGCUUUUGUCUAAAAAGACCCGUAAACUAUCUUCACUGACUGUUUCUCAGGAUCACAGGGAAGGGAGGAAACCAGUUGUAGAGAAUUCAGGACCUGUAAUUGCUUGUGUCCCCUUGAAGGUUGUGUUCAGUAGAUUAAAAGCAGCAGUUAACUGUUCAACACGGCCAGUGCACCAUGUCUCAGCAUCAACCAACCCAUGAUGAUGGUCUCUUGAAACUUUGCAGGAGCUCUAGGCUUGUAAUUUUGGUGAAUGUGGAUCGGCUGUGGAGCCCAAUUUCCCUUGGCACUCCUGCAAGACUGUAAAUUCCACCCUGAAGGUGGAAGUAGAUUUAUACAGUCAUGUCAUCUUUUGUUCCUUGGCAUGGCAGUUCAUUGUUGUAGUAAUGGGAAGUGGCAGGAGGCUUUUCCAUUGUACUUUACUAGGCUGGAUCCCUGUAGAUUUAACGUUUUCGGAUCAUUGAUAUGGUAUGAUAGAGCAGGCUGAUAUUGGCUAUGUACAUGAUGUAAUAUUACUUUGGAAGUGUAAAGAUGAUGAUCCGGUUUAGGCUUUAACUGAUGAAUACAUGAAGCCAGUUCUGGGAUUAUUACUGCUUUAUUCAAGAUGCUUUUCCUUGA